AUGUUGAUUAAAAAGUAUUUCCUCACUGCAGCUGAGUUUUUCAAGGAAUAUGCGAGACGAGAGUUCGCUAAAAACGUUGAGUUUGACGUUGAAGAUAAAACAUUAGUGUGCGACCGGCCAUCCUUUUCCCUGGUGGCACAAAGCGAGGAUCAAUGGCAGCUCCCUGUUCUCACUCCAGAGACCCCGUACAUCAGACCACACCUCCUUUGUCAUAACUUGCGUUUGACAACUGCCGGUGCCGUUGGAGGUACCCUCACUGAGACCGACUUUGCCGCGCUCUGCCGCAGAUUGGUCAAUAAGUUGAGGGAUGGAAACCCGAGUUUUUUUACUGAUGCCAAGUUUAGCAAUAUGGGCGUCGUAGACAAAGGGUUUGUUACUGCAUCCACCGCCACUGCCACAACAAAACUGUUCUGCUUCAAGAAAAGAGGAGUGUGGGAAGACUGCAGAGACCAGUCUCGACGUCAGGCGUCCAGUCUGAACUGCAGGCUAUUCGUAAAGUCCAUCGCGGCCUUUAUGGAGUAG